AUUAAUAAAGCAAAGGGCUGAAAAUGCUUAGAUGGAUAAUCUUAUCCCAUAAACACAAAAGGUUUGGUCCUGGCCUUAUAAUUAGCUAGAGGUAAAAUUAUACAUGCAAAAAUUCUUAAACCAGUGUCAAAUCCCAAGCUUUAUUCAAAACCUAGGGAGAGGGCAUCAAGUACAUAUUAAUAGCUAAAGACGUCUUGCCUAGCCACACCCUCACGGGACUCAGCAGUGAAUGAAAGUCUGACUAAGUUAUACCUCUCAAGGGUUGGAAAAUUUCGUGCCAGCCACCGGGGUCAUACGAUUAACCCAAAUUAAUUAUUCUACGGCGUAAAACGUGUCCAUGGGGGGGGGGACAAUAGAAUUAAAAACCAACCAUUAUGUGAAAAUUCAUCGUUGGGACUAAACUCAGUAACGAAAGUAAUUCUAACCAACUUAAUACACGAUAGCUAAGAUCCAAACUGGGAUUAGAUACCCCGCUAUGCUUAGCCCUAAACUUUAAAGAUUAGAUAACAAAGUCAUUUGCCUGAGAACUACUGGCCGCCGCUUAAACUCCAAGGACUUGGCGGUACUUUGUAUCCAUCUAGAGGAGCCAGUUCUAUAAUCGAUAAACACUGUUAUACCUCACCAUCCCUUGCUAAUUCAGCCUAUAUACCGCCAUCUUCAGCAAACCUUAAAAAGGAAUAAAAGUAAGCAAGAGAAUCACCAUAAAAACGUGAGGUCAAGGUGUAGCUCAUGAGAUGGGAAGCAAUGGGCUUCAUUUCCUUAAAAAGAACGUUACGAUACCCUUAUUGACACAUAAGGCCACAGGAGGAUUUAGUAGUCAAUUAAGAACAGAGAGCUUAAUUGAAUAGCGCAAUGGAGUACGUACACACCGCCCGUCACCCUCCUCAAAUUAAAUGACUAACAAAAUUAAUACAUAAUCCAGCAGACAAGUUUGUGAGAGGAGAUAAGUCGUAACAAGGUAAGCAUACUGGAAAGUGUGCUUGGAAUAACCACAGCGUAGCUUAAUUCACAGAAAGCAUCUGGUCUACACCCAGAAGAUUCCAUAAACAAUGGACGCUUUGAGCAGUUAUUCAGCCCUAACCCAACACAAGUAUAACUAUUCUAGUUAAUAAAUGAAAAUAUUUAUUAAAAAGGAGUAUUGGAGAAAGAAACUUUUUAUAGGAGCUAUAGAGAUUAGUACCGUAAGGGAAGAACAAAGACCAGUACUUAAGCACAAACAAGCAAAGAUUAAACCUUGUACCUUUUGCAUAGUGAAUUAACUAGGAAACAUCUAACUAGAAGAACUCUAGCUAGAAACCCUGAAACCAAAGGAGCUACCUAAAAGCAAUUUUAAGCAUGCACCCGUCUAUGUAGCAAAAUAGUGGGAUGACUUUCAGGUAGAGGCGAAAAACCUAACGAGCUUGGUGAGAGCUGGUUACCCAAUAAUGAAUCUUAGUUCAACUUCAAGAUUACCAACAAGAACAUAAAAAUCCAAAUGUAAACUUAAAACAUAGCCUAAAGAGGGACAGCUCUUUAGGAAUGGAAAACCCUUCGAUAGUGAAUAAGCUCUACACACACCUAAACCAUUGUUGGCUUAAAAGCAGCCACCAAUAAAGAAAGCGUUCAAGCUCAACAUUUAAAAUAUUAUAAUACCAAAAUUCAUUAGGCGAAUUCCUAUAUAUAAAAUUGGGUCCAUCUAUUAACAUAUAGAUGAGAUACUGUUAAUAUGAGUAACAAGAAUUAUAUUCUCCACGCACAAAACUAUAACAACCCGGAUAACCAUUGUUAGUUAACAACCGCAAGGCGACUAACCUACGCAUAAAACUCACCUAAUAAAACAUGUUAAUCUGACACAGGGGUGCAUAAUGGAAAGAUGAAAAGAAAUCAAAGGAACUGGGCAAAACGAACCCCGCCUGUUUACCAAAAACAUCAGCUCUAGCAUACCAAGUAUCAGAGGCACUGCCUGCCCAGUGACUAACGUUAACCGGCUGCGGGAUCCUGACCGUGCAAAGGUGGCAGCAUAAUCACUGGUUCCUUAAUUAGGGACUAGAAUGAAUGGCUUAACGAGGCUUCAACUGUCUCUUAUUUCCAAUCAGUGAAACUGACCUUCCCGUGAAGAGGCGGGAAUAAAAAAAAAAUGAGAGGAGAAGACCCUAUGGAGCUUUCAUUACUAACUUAACAUUUUAAACCAAAACACCUACUGGACUAAACAGGCAAAAACCUAAGUUAAAAUUUCGGUUGGGGUGACCUCGGAGAAUAAAAAGGACCUCGGAGAAUAAAAAAACCUCCGAAUGGUUUUAGCUAAGACACACAAGUCUAAGCAUUUUAUAUCCAAUUGGCCCCCCAAAAUUUUUGAUCAACGGACCAAGUUACCCUAGGGAUAACAGCGCACUCCUAUUCAAGAGUCCAUAUCGACAAUUAGGUUUACGACCUCGAUGUUGGAUCAGGACAUCCCGAUGGUGUAGAAGCUAUUAAUG